AUGGGCGCCUCGCAAAGCCGCCCUGCUCCCGACGCUUGCACAGCUUCGCCCUUGACUCCUCCGCCGCCGCCUUUUCCGCCGCCGCCCUCGCCAUCGCUCUUGGGUCUCCCGGCGGAGCUGCUCGUCUGCAUCUGCUCACGGCUCGAUAUCGAGGCGCUCUCGUCGCUCGCGUCGACGAGCCAGGAGCUUAGAGAUACGAUCCCGGACUCCCUGUGGCAGACACACCUCGACCGGCUGGCAAGGGCGGGUGGCGUGGCCGAGGAGGACGUCGCAGCCGCCGGCCGGCGCAUCACCAACUCGAUACAGCGGCAGGCGGCCAUCCAGGCGGCCGCCGAGGCGGCGGAGGCGGCCGCCUUCAAAUCUGCUCUCACCUCCCUCCUCGCCAGCUCGGACUCGUGCCGGCUGAGGGUCGGUCUCGUCCGGUCGAUGGUCUGCAACCUCUGCCAGGCGAGCGGCGACGCGCUCCUCCCAGCAAUCUCCGUCUCGACGGACCUCGCCACCGGCCGCUGCCUCUCCUGCCACACCUUUGGAGACCUCUCUGCGAUGGCCCCCUCCACCGACGCUUUCUCGAUCGGACUCGUCCAGCUCUGGGACUUGACGCCGCUGAGCGAGCACGAGGCCGGCGCGGGCGGCACGGCAGAGAUCGAGCAGUCCUCCGUGCUGGCGGCCCGGCGGGCGGACGCGGUGAUGCUGCCCUUCCGAACGUCGGUGAUGAUGCGUGUAGAGUGA